CGGUCGCUCAGUCAAUGUUUAGAUCUCCAGUCAAAACUUCACGAGUUUUUCCUGUGAGCUCUGAAAAUAACAAUUCCUUUAAAAUGGCAACCCCUUGACAAAAACAAUAGCAAGGAUGUAGACAGCCAAGCAGUUACUUCUCUGCCGGGAGCUUGGGAUGAUAGUCGGGCAUUUUUAGCCAUGGGAAAUCAACUCACUGGAAUCGCUCCCUCACAGAUUCUGAGUGUAGACCACUAUUUUAGCGACCUCCCCGAUUAUGAGUUCGACCGAAGCUUGGGAAGCACAAGAUUUUUCAAAGUAGCAAGGGCAAGACACAAGGAAGGUCUGUGUGUGGUUAAAGUGUUUGCCAUCCAAGACCCCUCACUGCCCUUGAAGACAUAUCAAGAUGAGUUGACAAAUAUCAAAGUGCGGCUUGGCAAUGCAGCUAAUGUGCUGCCUUUUCAGAAGUCCAUCCUCACUGACAAGGCUAGCCUACUGAUCAGACAGUACAUCAAGGAUAACCUGUAUGACAGAAUCAGCACAAGGCCAUUUCUAAAUCUUGUAGAGAAAAAGUGGAUAGCAUUCCAGCUGUUGUCUGCUCUGGAACAAUGCCACUCUGCCAUGGUCUGCCAUGGAGACAUUAAAACUGAAAACAUCAUGAUCACAGCCUGGAACUGGGCGUUACUCUCUGAUAUAGCUAGUUUUAAGCCAGCCUAUCUCCCCGAGGAUAACCCAGCAGACUUCAACUUCUACUUCGAUACCUCUAGACGGCGCACCUGUUAUGUGGCACCAGAACGCUUCCUGGAUGCUCGACAAGCUGAAUCCCUGGCGACAAGUGGAGUGCCGUUUAGUAUGGGGGAGGUCCAGGGUGGCCCUAGUCUGCCUGAUAUGGAUCUCGUGCAGCAUCGUAAAGGUGACCUUGCCCCUUCCAUGGAUGUGUUCUCUGUUGGGUGUGUGAUCGCAGAGUUAUUCACAGAUGGCAAUAAGCUUUUUGAUCUCUCUGAGCUGCUUGCAUACAAGAAGGAUGACUAUUACCCUACUGCUGGGCUUUCCAAGAUUGAGGACAACAGAAUAAGGGAAAUGGUUGAACACAUGAUUUUGAAGGAUCCUCAGCAAAGACUCACAGCAGUAGAAUACAUGAGAGUUUAUAAAGGUCAAGUUUUCCCGGAGCAGUUUUAUGACUUCUUGAAGGGCUACAUGACAAGAUUUGCCAUCCUCCCUGUCCUGACCUCAGAUGAAAAGAUAAGCAGGAUAAAGCGGGACAUUAAUCAGAUUCUACAAGAACUGCUCCCACCCGGUGACCCAGGAGACUUGAAGCCUGGACAAGACAGAGAUGGCUGCCUAGUCAUAGUAGUCUCCCUCCUGACGUCGUGCAUUCGCACGUGCAAGUACUGCGUAUCAAAGUUGACAGCCCUGGAACUUAUGCUGACGAUAGCGCGCCACGUGAGCGAUGACGUCAUCUUGGAGCGCUUGCUACCGUACAUGCUGUUCUUAGUGAAUGAUCCGCUGCCCCAGGUGCGGGCUCAGGGCCUCAAGACUUUGACUCAGUGUCUACACCUCGUCAGGAAUAUUCCUCGUAGCGAUGCGAACAUCUUUCCUGAGUACAUCCUGCCAAGUUUAUCGUGGCUGACUCAAGAUGCCGAGGUCAUUGUGCGCAUAGCGUACGCAGAGAGCAUAGCAUCACUAGCAGAGACCGCGCUCAAGUUCCUUGAGAUGGCUCAGCUAGACUACGCAAACGCCUCCAUGGAGACCCAAGUUGACGAUGCACCCAUACAAUACCAGGGAAGCUACGACACGGAGUUGCAGGCGUUACAUGAGCUCAUCCAGCGAAAGGUCGUGACUUUACUGAGUGACCCUGAGAAUAUCGUUAAACAGACUCUUCUAGAGAAUGGCAUAACUCGACUGUGCGUGUUCUUCGGUCGUCAGAAAGCCAAUGAUGUACUCUUGUCUCACAUGAUUACAUUCCUGAAUGACAAGCGUGAUUGGCAGCUCAGGGGGGCGUUUUUUGAUAGCAUAGUGGGCGUGGCCGCGUACGUGGGCUGGCAGAGUCUCGCGAUGCUAAGACCGCUACUUGAACAGGGAUUGAGUGACACGGAGGAGUUCGUAGUGUGCAAAGCCCUGAACGCGCUGACGUGUCUGGCUGAACUUGGCCUUCUGCAGAAACCCACGCUGCACGAACUUGUCUCUGAAAUCGUCCCCUUCUUCUGCCAUCCGAAUAUGUGGAUUCGUUAUGGCGCAGUGGGAUUCGUCGCAGCAGUUGCGCGCACCCUCAAUAUUGCGGACGUUCACUGCAACCUUCUGCCUCUUCUCCAGCCAUUCCUGAAGCAGCCCAUCAUACAAGUCGACCAGGAGGUUAUUCUUGUGAGUGUGUUGAAGGAGGCGAUAAACAGAUCAGUGUACGAUUACAUCGUCAAGUCAACACACAUCGCCGCUCUCUUUGACAGCCUCCAGGACCGCCAGCUGAUGCGUAACGUGUGCCGGCCAGGCGAGAGGCCAAGCUACCCUGAGAUCGAGGAGCCUUUAGUGCCAGUCUUCAAGAAACUGCACUCACAGGGAAUCACCGAGGACGAUGAGGACAAACUGCUCUUUCUUAGGGACAUCAUGAUCAAAUUACACCGCUCUAAGGCUAGCAGUGUGAUGGACCAGCCUGGAAAACAUGAAGAUGUUCUACGUGGCGAGAUCGACCUCAAACUGUGCGGAAAAUCCGUGCGCAGGCGACAUGCAGACCUAGUCAAGCAAGUCCCUGACAACGGGGGGACAAUGGGGAAGAAGGGAGGAAGCAAGAACAGAAAAGCGCCUGUUGAGCAGGUCACGAACCCUGAGUGGCAUCAGAUGUUUGGCGUCGUGGAUACUGUUACAGCAGUAACGACAGCGGACAGGCGAGGGUCGCAGCCUGACCUCGCAUCGCGGCCAAAAUCACCGCUCACUAAGACCUACUCUGUACCAGCGGCCGUACAGGAAACUCCUGACGUCACAACACGACCGCGCAGCCCCUCAGGCCCAGUCUCUCCGACGCGCAAUGAGUCGAGUUCGUCGCUAGGUAAACAGGACCAGCCUCAGAAUGGCACGCAGGCGAGGUUUGCGGGAUGUAAGAUCGAGCUGAGGAAGCUGGUUCACCACAAGCGGGAUGAGUUUGCUGCUGAUAUGAAAGAGAAGUCAUUAAUCGGGAGUGUGCUGUCGGAAGGACGAAAGCAGACGCUGCAAAGGUGGUCACCGAAGGGGCUUUUGGUGGCACAUCUACACGAGCAUAAAGCUGCUAUCAACAGACUUCAAGUUAGCCAGGACCUCAUGUAUUUUGCCACCGCCUCGGAUGACGGAACCGUGAAAUUAUGGGAUCUCCAGAAGCUUGACGGGAAGAGCCUGAUCAACAAGUCGAGACAGACUUACAGUAGACAAGGGUGUAAGAUGAAGGCGCUUGUCUUCUGCCAGAGCUCUAGUUCAAUCGCCUGCGCUUCCGAUGAAGGUCUCCUCAAUAUAUUCAGGAUCGAGCAGAGCUCACAGCUACCUCCCACUCGACUACAAGUCUAUCAAAAGAAAAUAAACCGCUCAGAGGAGGGUCACGUGGUCGACAUGGCGCAUUUCGACACUGGUUCCCAAUCCGUUCUCACCUACGCCACGUCUCACGGCUUGAUAUGCGGAUGGGACUUGAGAUCCGGAGCAAUGGCUUGGAAACUAGCGAAUAACCCGGCUCACGGACUCAUUACAUCGUUUGUGGUAGACCCAUGCCACUGCUGGCUCGCGGUCGGCACUAGCACAGGGAACCUGGUCUGCUGGGACCUGCGCUUCCAGCUGCCUAUUACCAGUCUUUCCCAUCCCAGAGGUGCCCGAAUCCGCCGCCUGGCAACCCAUCCGACCGAGCAGUCCUGGGUUGUGUCCGCUGUGGAGGGAAACAAUGAAGUGAGCAUCUGGGACUUAGAGACUGGGGCGAGACGACAAACGCUGUGGGCCAGCAAUACACCACCGCUGUCCCAAACAAAGGUGUCGCCGCAUGCUGUCCACGCACUGUAUUCUAGUCCCGGGGACGCCACGCCCUUCAUCCUCACCGCCGGGUCUGAUCGACGCAUCAGGAUGUGGGAUCUCUCGUACCCAGAGCACUCCCAGAUGGUGGCGGGCGCGGCCACGGACAACCUAAACAGCGUAGUGCUGCAGUACAAGUCAAGACUGAUAGACGGGACGGAAGUUUUCCAGGAGGUCUACUGCAAGCCUCGACAGAGCGUGUUACAUGAGGAUAUGCCACGAAGGGGCCCAGCACAGCCCCCUGUGGGACACCACGAAUGUAUCAAUGACAUUGCCUUCUCAAAGUCGCCCCAGAAUUUUAUAUUAACUGCAGCUAGGGACGGGGUGGUCAAGAUAUGGAAGUGAUGUUGGCUGCAGCUAGGGACGUGUUGGUCAAGAUAUGGAGGUGAUACAGAGUGCAGCUAAGGAAAUGUUGGUCAAGAUAUGGAGGUGAUACUGACUGGAGGUGACUGACUGCAGCUAGGGACGGGGCAGUCAAGAUAUGGGAGUGAGAACGCUGUAAAGUGUUAAAAUAGUAAAUAGCAUUUCAAUAGAAAGAAAGACCGAACUAACAAAUUACAUACUUUGAUAUUUCUCCGCUUUCCCACCCUGAUCAAUAUCGAACUGGAACUCACAAAUAACACCAGCAAAUAGUCUAGUUCUUGUUGCCUGCGCGACAAAAUGCAGCAAUGUUAGCCGAUGCUGCUAUCAGAUAAAAAUCUAGAUUUCAUUUUUUUUAUGUUAUAUGAAAGGUGCUGUGAUUUGUUCGAACAGUCGUUUCAGGAAUAUAGGACAUUGUGACUUCCUUCUUGGGCGGUACUUUAAGAAUAAUUUAUAUUUCAUUCGAGUUUAUUUUUAUAUUAUAUUGAUCACCCAAUUAUGCAAGCGCUUUAUUUUCAUUAAAUCGAAUGAGUUUGUCACAAGGAGUUAGAAUUAGGAAGAAAUGUGCUGUAUAGUAUACGACUAUUCAAUAAGUUGAUAAGCAGAAUAAAAGUAAAAUGAUUUAAA